AAGCUCGGCGGCGGCCGGCGGCAGCCCAGUGGCGGGCGCAGACGGCGGCGGCUCGGCUCUGCUGCGCACCAAGGAGCGGUGGGAUGUGAGCGGGGCCCUCGGCGGGCGCGGAGACCAUGUUCCCCCCGGGCUCCACCUGGAAUAUCUCCUUCGCCGGCUGCGGCUUCCUCGGCGUCUACCACAUCGGCGUGGCCAGCUGCCUGCAGGAGCAUGCCCCCUUCCUCGUCGCCAACGCCCGCAAGGUCUACGGCGCCUCGGCCGGGGCGCUCACCGCCACGGCGCUCCUCAGCGGCGCCUGCCUCGGUGAGGCUGGUGCCAGUAUCAUUCGAGUGUCAAAAGAAGCACGGAAACGGUUCUUGGGCCCGCUCCACCCAUCUUUCAACUUGGUGAAGAUAAUUCGGAUCUGCCUGUCCAAGGCUCUACCAGAGAAUGGGCAUGAGGUAGCAGCAGGACGCUUGGGCAUCUCCCUCACACGGGUCUCUGAUGGAGAAAAUGUGAUAUUGUCAGACUUCAAGUCCAAGGAGGAGAUGAUCCAGGCCUGUGUCUGCAGCACUUUUAUCCCUGUCUAUUGUGGGCUGAUACCUCCAACCUUACGUGGAGUGAGAUAUGUGGAUGGAGGGAUUUCUGAUAAUUUGCCACGCUAUGAGCUGAAGAACACAAUCACGGUGUCUCCGUUUUCAGGAGAGAGCGAUAUCUGUCCACGGGACAGUUCCACGAACAUGCAUGAGCUCAGAGUCACCAAUACAAGCAUCCAGUUCAACCUUCGCAACCUCUAUCGCCUUUCCAAGGCCCUGUUCCCUCCAGAGCCACAGGUGCUGCGGGAUAUGUGCAAGCAGGGCUAUCGGGAUGCGCUGCACUUCCUGAAGAAGAACGGUCUCCUUCAUCGUCCGAGUCCUGCCUGUCCUCCCCUUGCCAUAGAAGCUCCCCCAGGAGAGAAGGAGGGAGAAACAGAAGCUGAGGACCAGCUGGAGGACAAUGCUGCCCUUGCUGCUGUUGAAGAGCACAUCUUUGAACACUUGCCUCCCAAACUGAACCAAGCUCUCAUGGAGGCGUGUGCUGAAAGAAGAGGGUUUUUGACUGGUAUCUCCAACAUGCUGCCUAUACGUGUGGCCACUGCAAUGAUGGUCCCCUACAUGCUGCCUCUGGAGUCUGCCAUUUCCUUCACGGUCAGGUUGCUGGAAUGGCUACCGGAUAUCCCUGAGGAUAUCAGAUGGAUGAGGGAGCAGAUGACUGAAAUCUGCAACUACCUUGUGAAGAAAGCCAAAAAGAAACUGGGCAGCCAUCUUUCAGCCAGGCUUUACUAUCACCUUGAGUUUCGAGGGACCCAGAGCCUGCCAAUUUCUUCAGUAGCUGCGUGUGGUGAAGCACUGCCCAUGUGGAUGAGAAGUAACUGUUCCCUGUCCGAUGUCAUGCUGAAGUGGGAGGAGUACCAGCGCCAGCUCAUGCUGGGCUUACUCUGCAUCAACGUGGACAUGCAGGCCUCCCUCUUCCCUCCGGAAGGGCUUCAGAUAAAGCUUCCACCUCUAGACUGUGCAAAAGAGUGCCUGCCACUCUUCUGAGCCUGCUGCCACAAGGGAAUGGGGGUGGGUGGGAAGGGGGGUGGACGUAGGGUGGGACCAGUCUCAUCCCCUGGCAGCCUGCUGCCCUGUGCUCGUGAGUAUGCUGCAAAGGAGGUUUCCCAGGGAUGGAGACUGGUGGAAAUGACUGUAGCCAUUUGUUGCCCACUGGGCCAGGCAAGGCGUCUCUGUGUUCAAAGAAACACAUGUGCAGGCACUUUGCUUUAGGCUUUUGCCUGGCCAUUUCCCGUGGCCAAGCUGAUGCUGACCCAGCUGGGCUCUCCCAAAUAAUGCACUUUGAAUUGCUGUUAGGUUUCUAUCACCAAAUAAUCAGGAGGUAGCUGACACUCUGGAGUUCAUAUAGCUUUAGCUUCCUCUGGUUUUUAGAGCUCAUGAGUCUUGUUUUUUUUUUUUAAAAUCAUCUGACAUCAUUCAGCUCUUUAUGCUACUGAAAGAUGAAGUAGCCUCUAUUGCCAAACCAAUUUUCCUCUUUGCUUCCAAACUUCCUCUUGACUUUCUUCUUUGCUGAGGCCAGAUCCUUUCCUCUGUCCCUAAACUGCAUCCCCACUGGAAGCCAGAGCUGGUCCUGUUGCAGUCUGCACUGGAACUGCAGAAAUGUAGGAAAUUGAGUGACUCUCAUCCUGGUGGAACUUUUCCAGUCUGAACUUGAGCUUACUUUAAAGAACUAGGUGAGACUAAGCUAUUCUUUUUUGGUUUUCCAGAGAAACGCGUUGAGUUUGAGGCCCCAUUCCUGUCAGUGUGAAUGGAGUUAGUGUGGGGUUGCUUUGGAAAAGCUCCACUUGGUCUCUGAGGAUUGGCCUAGCAGCUGACAUUGGGGAAGGAAUGUGAAGUGUCUGUAGGAAGGUGAGAUUAUGUGGGGCAUGUUGGUUUUGAGAGGCUUGUGGUGGCGUGUCACAGCAAGUGCAGGGAAGGGGCUGCCUCUCACCGGGGUCAGGCUUCGCUCCUUAAGGGACCAUGCAGCUGAAGGAAAUUCCAAGUCGGUACCACGGCACGGGAGUCCUGCUGGCCUGAGGCUCUGUUCUAUCUUGUGCUUGGAAGAAUUUGGACACUGAGGUUUGGGGGUGAUAGGGAUGCAGGCUUCCAGCCCUGUCAGCCCUACCACAUGCCUGUCUUGCACUGUGGCUUGCAAGUGGUACCGCGAUGCAGCUGGCAAUGGCAGGAGCGUGAGAAGUGGAAGUGAAGUCAGGAGCAUCAGUGAACGUAUGGCCCUCUUGGAAGUGGCUACAUUUGUCUUGUCUCUUAAAAGACCAGAGCUGGUGGGUCUAUAGCAGGGCAGGACUCUGCCUUAUAAAUCACUGCCUUCUCAGUGGUGGUCUGGUUGUGACUUGCUGUGUAGAAACAUAGACUCUCUGAUCUCCCCAGGGUGAGACCUGGCUUCCUGUGGGGACCGCACAUACUUAAGCUUAAGUCCUUGUACUGAGACACAAAACCAACUCCUGGUAUCUUUUUGCUGAAGCUCGUCUAGCUGCAUGAAGCAUCUUCUACCUCUCCUAGCUCAAACAGUGUGCAGCUGGCCAAAGCAAAUGCACGCUCUGUUUGCUGGGGAGCAGGGUGGGGUGUCUGAAGCUGAUACCUGUAGAAAAGCGAUUUGUAAUAGACUCCCAACUGUCCCUUUGUUUUAGAAAGGGAAAAAAUCCCCGGAAAUGCUAUUGAUGUCUGGAGAAAGAGUAGCGAAUCUACUUGAUCACACCUGCAACAGCAGGUCACCAAGUGUGGAAUAGAAAAAUUUGGAGGAUUCUGAAACCAGAAGUUAGGAAUAUUGGAUUAUAAAACAAGUCAGUCCUAAAGAUGUAACACUGUCUAAAGCCUGCAGAAGGAGCUCACUGCUAGCUGGAUGUAACUGUAGUCUAGGCGAGCUAGCAACAAGCUGCUGUCAGUUUUGUGGCAGCAGGAUAAAUUUGAUGAAGCCUGGCAUCAAAAAUGGGUGUUUAUUUUGUGAUUUGGUGCGGGCUUCCCCCCACUGCUCUGGGCUGCCCUCUUUGGGGAAAUGGGACAUGCACUUCUGCUUAGCUUGCCAAAUGCUAUGUCUGCUCCUCAUGCAUACAGAACAAUUGGCAAGAAGAUGUAGAUAUUUAGUGGCAUGAAAUGAAGGGAUUUCAUCUAGAAGCAAAACAUCUGUGAGGGGCAGAGCCAGGAGAUGGGAAAAUCUUGUGCUUAGAAACUACUACCCUCUUGACUCUGCCUUGUUUGUUUUAACAUAUGGGUGGAGAGAAUGAGGCAACUAUUUUUUAAUCCCUUCUUCCUGGACUGGUAAAACCACUGAGUGAUUAUGUAAACCACUAAACUAUGAAAUAAAACUCUCUUGGUAAUAGACUGUGCCCAGAAAUCACAGCUUGGCACGCUUGUCCUCCGCAUCCCCUCUCUUUUCUUGCAUUUCAUCAGAACCAAAUGGACUGGUGCCACCCUCUCCCAGAGCUCUGAUCCAGGCAGCUUUCUGGUUCUGGUCCAUCCAUUUCAACAGACUAACUGCUGUGGCUAGUGAAAGACCUGAGUUUUGUUUUUUUUAUUUAACCUCAUCUAUCUUUAGUUUGUUAUAUUAACCUCCCAAAGAAAAGCUGUUGUGCACUUCAGAGUGUAACCACAAACCAAAGCCAGGCUUUAAAUGCAAAGGGCCAGUUCUUCAGAGAGGAAACCCCUGCUUUCCCUAUGCUAAUUUGCAGGGUGUGAACAGAUGGAGGGAAAGCACCACUCUGCAUUAACCCUUUCUUUGCCUAUAUUUAUCCCCCAUGUAGCACAAUGGCUGUUGUGAUAGCUAGUUGACUUUUUUAUAUAUAUAUAUUUUUAACUGUGAUCAAAGAACAGUAGAUCUGUCAAAAAAAUUAAUACCCCAGACUACCUUCCUUCUCCUUUAAGAGAUGUUUUAAGCACCUGUUUGACGUUCUUGCUGCUCAUUCAUCACAGUUUAUAAAGGAUGAGGAGAGUAGGAAAGAUCUAGCCCAGCAGAUGCAGAAAAAGGCCUGUGGUUGCUUUUGAAGAAUGGCUUUUGAUUAUGCAGGGCUGCUUUGUCUGGAUCAGACCCCAUUUCUCUGAAAUCCCUGGAAACCUCUUGAUAGACUCCAGAUUGGACCUAGAAGGGUUUAUCAAGAUGAUGCUAUCUAGAAUUCUUCUCCAAGCCUUUGUUGUGUGUUGGCCUCAUGGCAAGUGUUGGCAGCAGCUACUAAUUAACGCAUGUUCAUCAAGUUUAUAGGAACAAGAUAAUCAUCUGUAGUGGUUGGUCCCUUCUUCAGUGGAAUGUGUGGCUGGGAGCCCAGUGGAUACGUGUCAGGGCCUGGCUGCUCUCUGGUAUAUGGUGUUUGAGAGCUCAGGUUCCUGGACCAAAAGUUCAUCUUGCAGUCCAUGUCCAAAAGCCCCCAUGAUAUUCACUUGAACUCCUCAAGGGUCCCAACCCUUGCAGUUUCCACUGCUUUACAUAAAGGGUCUCUGCAUUCAGGAAUCCACUUACUUUUUUUUCCCCCUCCUUCCUGUGAUACAGAUAUUACUUGCUGCUUUUAACAAGGCUCAUGGUGAACUUUUUGUGCAUCUAACCAGCUCCUGACCUGUGUAACACUGUAGAGUUGUUUCAUGUUGUGCACAAUGGUGUGUAUCUCCGGCAUGCUCCGUAAGCCACAAUGAAUGUAUGGUAUGUUGGCUUUGGUUUGCUGCCUGCCCUACUGCUAAUACUAUUGCAAGCUGAUUUUUCAAAGGGGAGGAGGAAAUACCCAACUUCUGCCCAGUCUUUAUAAGACUUAGGAAUUGCUUUCUCAUGACUUUGAGAGGACCUGCAGCUCUAAGACCAGGGAAUAAAUGAGGGCUUGCACUCUCCCAGCACUGAGGUGUCCCCGGUAUAUAUCCUAUAUUCCCCAUUACUUUGUCCUCUUUUAAUUAUUUUUUUUUAUGAAUCUAGUAAUCUGAUGACGAAGCUUUUACCCCUUCCCUAGAGAGGAGAACUCUCACUUUUGCUAAAGGAGCUGUGGGAGAAAUACCCAAAACUAAGGGCUUUUUCUUUUGUUUUAUGUUGCACUGCCCAGUCUUAGGGGUCCAUUUCUGCUAAAUCAAUGGUAGAAGUUGUGGCAGGGUUGCAUGUUGCCAAAGUCAGAGGGCCUUGCCAACAUAGUUCUUAUGUGCUUUUUUUUUUUUCCUUCCUCUUUUCUCCCUGUAAAUCAAUGAAAAUAGACCAUCUCACCCGGCUCCUACAUCAGCUAGUUUGUGCCAAACUCGCCCUGUGCCUUUACAGUGGGCUGUGGCCUGCCUGCCCUCUGUAUCCCUGUGGUGUCUGCAUGUUUAAUGCAGCAGCACUGAGACCCCUCUCUUCCUCCUUCCCCUUGCUGCUACGGUUGGGACAUUGCUCUGUUCCCAGUCUGCACGCAGCUCCACUAGGACAGUUUCAAAUUAACAGCAUCCGUCUUACUGUAUGGACCCACACCAGCCUUCCUGGAAAGGGAGGGGAAACCUGUAACUCCAAGCAGAAGAGGAGAAACAUGACUUUGGUACACGCACCUUUUUCUCCUGGGGUUUCCUCUUGUUCUGGGAAACAGCAUCGAAAGCAGAUCUUCACCAGCUAAACGUUCCCUGGGCUUCUGCUGCUGUCGGUGAGGCUGAGAAGCGCCGAGAGCACGCCGGACUGGUGGAGCGCUGUGGAAAUUACUGAUGUCAGAGCAGCAACUAGACCAGCAAUAGUGUAUGCGAGUGAUGUAUUUACAUGGCAAUGUCACUUACUAGUUCUCAUAGUCACUUUGACAGUUCAGUAUUAAAUUGUUGAUGCUUUUUUUCCCCCCCCUGUUUCUCUUUUUCUAAGAUUUUGCUGAAGGAAAUGUAACUAUUUAUUUUGGCAGAAAUAUAUCUUCUAAUAAAAACUUUCUCAAUACA